AGCAAACUAGCUGGCAACUUCCCUUUUUUUCCUUUUAAAACAGCCAAGUCUCGGUUAAUGGCUGAAGAUGAAGUUUCUCCUCGUCUUGCUGCUUCUGUUCGGUGUCCCUCGUUCAGAUGGACAGCAGAAGCAGAAGAUUGAGGCAUUUGGACAUAUUGUGCUGAAGUUAGUCUUUCCCUCCUACUACAAUGGUUAUAAUAAAUGCUGCUGUAAACUCUACCCCAGGGAUUGUUACCAGUUGUUCAACAGUAUGGGUUAUACACAUGACUUUCUCAAAGACAGAGUCUCCAAAACUGAACAUGAUGGAUGGAUUGAAUUCAAAAUAUGGAACGUGCAACCAAUGGAUUCAGGUUAUUACAGAUGUUUUGUGUCUGGGUCCUUGAACUCCAUCUACACAGACUAUCGUAUUGAGAUAUCUGAAGUUUCAAGGCAAAACACCCGACCCAUCUCUCCAACGAUAGCCACCAUUAAACCCUUCGCAACCUCUAGAGAGGUCUCUGAUACAGCUGGCCCAGGUCAGGCCGAGGACCACAGCAGCCACAGCUUUCCUUGGCACCUUGGCCUGCCGCUGGCUGUAGCCGCUGCAAUCACGGUUGCUGUCGGUUCCCUGCUCAUGGUUGUUUGUUGCAGAGUCAAGGCUAAAAAAAAGUGUGGAGAAAUCGUGCGUGACUCAUUGAAACACAACGCUCCUGCUGAGAUGAACAGCGUAGUCUACACAACAGUGGACUUCAAACCCCACCAGAGAGCCACUGAACUCUAUGCUAACCUGCCACUGCUCAGUCCCGGUGCAACUGGCCCCGACAGCACCUGGAGCAAAGAGCCCGGGGAGACGGUGGAGUACUCCACAUUAGCUAUCAGCCGUUCAGAGCAAAUUAGAUCGUAGGAGCUUUAUGAAUAAGCAAUCAUGUUCGGUACUUUCAGUUUGUACAUCACAAUUGCUGCAAUGAUGAAUUUUGAUAUACUUAUAGUAAUGAUAAUAAUAAUUACAUUGGUCUUGUCAGUUUCAAGAGCCAUGUGUAAAUAAAAGUGAUCAUCAGGGGUGGUUGUACGUUUUGUUGUAAAGAAAUAUGAACACUAUUGUACAACACGAUCCCAUGAAGUUAAGAUAAAAUCGUUUUGUCAACUUCUGUGUGGUCUCCUCUCAGGGUGAAGCUCAUCCACCUAUCAGAGAGCCUGUUCUGUUGGCAUGUUAAGAUAGUGUCAGAGUGGGGAAAUCAGGCCAUCAGGUUAUCUUGUGUUAUAGCCAACGUGUUCCCUUAUCGACUUCCCCUGGAUCAAAAUCUUGGAGGGGAGCUGGUCCUCCUCUAUUCUGAGUUCUGUUCAAUAAUUUAUUCUGAGUUCGCUCUGCUUUGAUACAGACAGG